AUGCGCGCCAAACUUCAAAUUCCGAAUCUCUACAACACAACCCGCACAAACCUUCUUCUCCUAUCGAGCAGUUCAGAGGAGGAGACGCCAGUCUGUGAUAGAAACCCACCCGUUCAUAAGGGCUUGGAUCCUACCAUUUUCUUCUCCGCUACUGAAGAACAUCAACAGGCUCCAUUUCGGAAGUACAUUCCGCCUCCUGCAAAAUGUAUACGAGAGCUGACGGUUUAUAAUAGGCAUAUGCCGUACUACAUCAACUUAAUUCUCAUCCUGGACCUGUCUCAUUGUAGAAGCAAACUUGCCUCUCGCCUUGACACUCUGUUGCAUCGUCAGCAGUCAAACAAGGUUAUCUGGCUUCACAAGAAAAACCGGACGCGGGAAUCAGGCGUAUCCUCAUCAUUCUCCCCCGCAUCCGUUAUAAAAGACGAUCACGAAGAGCAAACCUUCCGGAUCAAGUCCAUCCGCCUUCCUAGUCCGACCUUCAUCCGGCGUUUCUCCAGUCAGGUUUGCCUGCUGGCUUCAACAGAGGACCAGUCAACUAACACAGUCAUAAUCUUCAUACCUUCCUCUACCCUGACCGAUGAGCAGCUAAAUCUUCUCAGGGACACCUGCGGCCAACGCUCGCUGGAGGUCAGCUUGUUUAAACCAUGGUUCCUUUUCAUCUUUAACUUCACUGGGGGUUUCCUCGCUGCAUUCAUGGUACCAACAUCGGUUUUUGCAGCAGAACGUUCUGGCGUGAGAAGAACCUCCUCUCCGUUGGGUAAUUUAGGCCCUGGGUGCGUCUGCGAGGUCUCCGAUUUACAGGCCCUCCCACAAGCAGGCGAUGAUGGGCUUGCUGCGACGAUCUUAGAACACGUCACCUCUGUGCGGGAGGUUGUCGGUCCGGUGAGUGUUAUUGAUUUCUUUUGUUAA